CAGCUCCCCGGAGGCACGCGGACCGUCCACUGGCCCAGGCUUUGAGUCCCCCGUCCCGUGAGCACCAGGAUGCUAUGGGCACUGUCCAUGGAUGACAGCGAGCCCUGAAAGCCCCUGGGGUGCCACCCAGUCCCACCAGCCUGCACCCACAGCCGAGAUGUGCUCUGCUCCUGGAGGUGCUGCAGACAGAGAGCGUCACACACACUUGCCAGGGAGCGUCUCUGCCUGAUCCCGGCUGCUGGGCUCCGAGCACAAGCACAUUUCUGCUUCCUGGGACAGUCCCAGGCCCGGAUGCCAAAACCCGGAAUUCUCAGUCCCUGGGAGAGGUGACAGAGCAAAGGGCAGAAGGUGGCCGGCGGCCGAGGGCAGGAGAUGCAGAGCACAGUCAAUUACCUGUGGCACACGGACGACCUGCUGGGGCAGGGGGCCACCGCCAGUGUGUACAAGGCUCGGAACAAGAAAUCCGGGGAGCUAGUUGCUGUGAAGGUCUUCAACGCCGCCAGCUACCUGCGGCCCCGCGAGGUGCAGGUGAGGGAGUUUGAGGUCCUGCGGAAGCUGAACCACCAGAACAUCGUCAAGCUCUUCGCGGUGGAGGAGACGGGGGCCAGCCGGCAGAAGGUUCUGGUGAUGGAGUACUGCUCCAGCGGGAGCCUGCUCACCGUGCUCGAGAGCCCGGAGAACGCCUUCGGGCUGCCCGAGGACGAGUUCCUGGUGGUGCUGCGAUGUGUGGUGGCCGGCAUGAACCACCUGCGGGAGCACGGCAUCGUCCACCGCGACAUCAAGCCGGGCAACAUCAUGCGCCUGCUCGGGGCGGAGGGGCAGAGCAUCUACAAGCUGACGGACUUCGGGGCCGCCCGGGAGCUGGACGACGACGAGCAGUUCGUCUCGGUCUACGGGACGGAGGAGUACCUGCACCCUGACAUGUAUGAGCGGGCAGUGCUUCGCAAGCCCCAGCAGAAGGCAUUUGGGGUGAGCGUGGAUCUCUGGAGCAUCGGGGUGACCCUGUACCAUGCAGCCACUGGCAGCCUGCCCUUCGUCCCCUUUGGCGGGCCACGGCGCAACAAGGAGAUCAUGUACCGGAUCACCACGGAGAAGCCGUCCGGGGCCAUCGCAGGCACGCAGAGGCAGGAGAACGGGCCCCUGGAGUGGAGCUACGGCCUCCCCAUCACCUGCCAGCUGUCGAUGGGGCUGCAGAGCCAGCUGGUGCCCGUCCUGGCCAACAUCCUGGAGGUGGAGCCGGCCAAGUGCUGGGGCUUCGACCAGUUCUUUGCGGAGACCAGUGACAUCCUGCAGCGCGUCAUCGUCCACGUGUUCUCGCUGCCCCAGGCCGUCCUGCACCACGUCUACAUCCACGCCCACAACACGAUAGCCAUCUUCCUGGAGGCCGUGUACGAGCAGACCAGCGUGGCCCCCCAGAACCAGGAGUACCUGUUUGAGGGUCACCUCUGUGUCCUCGAGCCCAACCUCUCAGCACAGCACAUCGCCCACACGACCGCAGGCAGCCCCCUGACGCUGUGCAGCGUGGCCACUGAGGCCCCCAAGGGACUGGCCUUUAAGGACCCCGCUCUGGACAUCACCAAGUUUGUGCCCAAAGUGGACCUGCAGGCAGAUUACAACACGGCCAAGGGUUUGCUGGGUGCCGGCUACCAGGCCCUGCGGCUGGCACGGGCCCUGCUGGCGGGGCAGAAGCUAAUGCUUCGGGGACUGCACUGGUUCCUGGAGACGCUGCAGGCGACCUGCAGGCGGACCCUGGAGGUCGUGCGGAUGGCCCUCCUCUUCCUCAGCAGCAGCCUGGGCACCGAGAGGUUCAGCAACAUGGCCGGGAUGCCUGAGAUCCAGGAACUGAAGAAGGCCACGGAGCUGAGGUCUCAGCUGCGGACUUUGGCCGAGAUCCUCUCCGGAUUCUCCCGCAACCUCAUGGAGAAGCACCUGAGCCUGAGUAGCCUGAGCUUGGAGCUGGCGAAGAGCCGGGAUCAGGUACAUGAGGACAGAAGCAUCCAGCAGAUUCAGUGUUGCCUGGACAAGAUGCACCUCAUCUACAAGCAGUUCCGGAAGGCCAGGCUGAGGCCAGGGCUUGGCUACAACGAGGAGCAGAUCCACAAGCUGGAUAAGGUGAAUUUUAGCCAUUUAGCCAAGAGGCUCCUGCAGGUGUUCCAGGAGGAGUGUGUGCAGAAGUACCGGGCAGCGCUGGUCACGCACGGCGAUCGCAUGAGGGUGGUGCACGAGGCCAGAAACAACAUGCGCCUGGUCGCCUGCUCCGUGGCUGCCUACAGCACCGAAGCCCAGGAGGUGCAGGAGGGCCUCAGCAAGAUCCUCGACUGGCUGUCUCUCCAGCUCCUGCAGGACAGAGCAAAGCGGGCUCAGGCCUCCCCGGCCCCCACAGCUCCUUGUUCCAGUCCUGCACCAAAGGGCCUGGGUCUCCAGCUUCAGGACCUGGGUCUCCACAUGGAGGAGCUCUGUAAGGAGAUGAAGCUGCUGGCCUCUGACCUCCAGGACAACAACUGCAUCAUCGAAGGGUUAAGUCGGGUCCAAUCGGCCCCUGAUGUCUGAGCUCCGUGGGUGCACGAGGCAGCCUGAAGCAUUAGAAUCAGGGGACCCAACCCAGGACUCUCCCUGGUCCCAUCCUCAGCCUACCUCCCUCCUGGCCGACCGCUGGGGAUGUCACAGCAUUACCUUCACUGCCUGAAUGCGGGCAGCACGCAGGCCCCGGGCACCACGCAGUCUGUCAGGACCCACUGGACAUCCUACACAGGCUCAGGCACAGCUCCUCCGGGUCCCCUGGCACCCACGGCUGAACAUUGCGGGGCCCUGGGGAGAGAGGCUCUGACAGCCCCCCUCCCCGGUUUACAGGGCUCCGCUCCUCAGGGAACAGAAGAGGAGGCCCCACGGGGGUUCCCCAGGGUGCUGGGCCAAACGGCCUAAUCUCAGGCUUCCUUCCUCUUUGGUGUUUUGUGUUUCUUGUUGAACAUGUAGCCCGCUCCCCUCUCCUCUGGUUUCUGAGGGUCACACACACAGCCGCAGGCAUCGCAGAGUCUGGUUUGCCUUCUGCUCUUGGUCUGGCGGAGCCUCAGGGUGAGAGAGUGGGUGGCGGGGGUGCCACUGUCCAGGGACCUUCCCCUUCUCUCUCCCUCUGAGGCACCACCAGGCCUGGGAUGCCAGCCAGCCGGUCAGGAAUGGCCAUGCAAUCAGCACAGGCCUGUAAGUCCACAGCCCUGAGGGGAGGAAGGCCUGCCCCUUUAAGAAGUGCAAUAAACGUGCCUU